UGGCGAACGCCUGCACCUUUUCCAACACCGCCACCUGCUGGAGAACCACUGACGAGCUCCUGCCUUGCUCAAAGGUGCCUUGCCAAGCCGCUAGAACCUUCCUCUGAGGCUGUGAUAGACCACCAUCGCUCUCAUCAGUUAGAACCUGACAUUGCCGACUGGUACCGGGGUUCAAACCACAGCUCCACCUGACAGGCGAGGAACGCUGUGACUGACAGCUGAUGGCUGACUGGAGUCUGCUGGGAAACUUCCUGGAGGAAGUACAGGAACACUCCACCUCCAUUGGCAAGGUGUGGUUGACCAUCCUGUUCAUUUUCCGCAUCCUGGUUCUGGGGACGGCGGCCGAGUCGUCUUGGGGCGACGAACAGGAAGACUUCAACUGCGACACGGAACAGCCCGGCUGCGAGAACGUGUGCUACGACAGAGCCUUCCCCAUAGCGCACAUACGAUAUUGGGUGCUCCAGAUCGUCUUCGUGUCCACGCCCAGCCUGGUCUACAUGGGCCACGCCAUGCACACGGUCCGCAGGGAGGAGAAGAGGCGGCGCCGCGAGGAGGAAGGCGGGGAGAAUGGCGAGGGCGAGGAGGACAACGACGACCCGGGAGGGGGCGAAGGAGGCAAGGAACGAGGGGACAAAGAAGGAAAGGACGCAGGGAAGGAGAAGAGCGAAGGGCCGCCAGCAGGGAGGGUCCGCCUGAAGGGGGCGCUGCUGCAGACCUACGUGCUGAGUAUCCUCAUAAGAAGCAUCAUCGAGGUGGUAUUCCUGUGUCUGCAGUACUUCCUGUAUGGAAUAUUCCUCCAUCCUCUCUAUGUGUGCAAGAAGUGGUUCCUACUCGUAUGGAUUCUUCAUUCAUCACUCCAAGCAACGUUUGCGUGGCCCUGCCCACACCCCGUCAACUGCUACGUGUCACGACCCACGGAGAAGAACGUCUUCAUCGUGUUCAUGUUGGUGGUGUCGGCCGUGUCGCUGGUGCUCAGCGUGCUGGAGCUGCACCACCUGGCCUGGAGGCACUGCUGCAGACGCUUGUUUUCGUCAAAGAACGUCGAGGCCCCUGCGCUCGCCAAGCAACUUCCCAUGUCGCCGCCCCCGCCCUCCACGCCGCCUCCUGACUUCAGCCAGUGUGUGAUUGGCCCCUCGCACUUCCUGGCCCUCCCUUUCCCCAACCACCGCCUGGCUCACCAGCAAAACUCCGCCAACAUGGCCGCUGAGCAGCACAAGAUGGGCGCCACGGUGGGCGAGGAGAGCCUGCUCCAGAUGGACUGCUACUCGCCCGGCUGGCAGAGGGGCGCCGACAUGGCCUGCUUCGGCCACGCCGGCGGCGAGGACUGCGCGCGGGUGAAACGUGCGAUGCCGUGCGCCAGCGGCGAGGUGUGUCAGAGGGACAAACGCAGGCUCAGCAAGACGAGCGCCACGAGCAGCCGAACGAGGGCGGGCGACCUCGCCAUCUGACAACAGCUUUCUAGCAACCGCUCGUGACACGCCCGCGUGAGAACACUCUGAAGGAACACUGGAGCGCUUCAUCGCGGCGCCUUGGAGGGUUAUUCCACUCUUUGGACCACUUAUUUCUGUCUCCUGGCUUUCAUUUCCAAUAAAUUACCAGUUAGCUUGACUCAAAAAGACAUCCAAGAAUCUGCAGCGGUGUCCCAAAUGGAAUACUUACGUCAGUGCGCUUCACCAAGUACACUGUGCGGUGUGCACUUAGGUCCUGAGGGCGCCAUGUUUGAGAGUGAAGUUCUGUCCCAAAUCUCUAACUGCCUUCGUGCACGCUGAAAUAUUUACUCCCUUCUUCUUCUCUCCUCUUGAAUUGUGAAUUGCUGC